AUGUUACACCUGCACCACCAUCUCACGCAUCUCGAACUGCAGGCUCUGCUAGAGCACGCAGCGAGCGAGCUGAUGACUGCCGGCAUGUAUGAGACCGUGAACGAGGUGUACAAGGUGCUCAUACCCAUCGCCGAGGAACACAGGGACUAUAAGAAACUCGCCAAUAUACACAGCAAACUGAACGAGGCAUUCACCCGCAUAGAGCAGCUGCACGGCAAGCGAGUGUUCGGCUCGUACUUCCGCGUGUCCUUCUACGGAGCCAGGUUCGGAGACCUGGACGGGGAGGAGUUUGUGUACAAGGAACAUGCACUCACCAAGCUGCCGGAGAUCUUCAGCAGGCUGGAGAACUUCUACGGCGCCCGUUUCGGCGUGGAUAACGUAGUGAUAAUAAAAGACUCCAACAUAGUAGACGUGAGUACGUUGGACCCGGACAAGGCGUACAUACAGAUCACAUACGUCGAGCCAUACUUCGAGCCACACGAGCUGCGCAAGCGCGUCACGCAGUACGAGAAGAAUUAUAAUAUAAAGCGGUUCAUGUACGCGACCCCGUUCACGGUGGGCGGGCGCGCGCACGGGGACAUCGCCGAGCAGUGCAAGCGGAAGACUAUACUCACCACGGCGCACCACUUCCCAUACGUCAAGACUAGGAUACAGGUGGUAUCACGAACACAAAUCAUUCUGACACCCAUCGAAGUUGCGAUUGAAGAUAUACAGAAAAAAAUCAACGAGCUAGCAGCCGCCACGAGCCAGGAGCCGGCGGACCCGAAGAUGUUACAGAUGGUGGUACAAGGCUGUAUUGGGACUACUGUCAACCAGGGACCGCUCGAACUCGCGCAGGUUUUCCUGGCUCCUGUGGCCGAAGGCACGCAGCCUCCUACCCGUCUGACCAACAAACUACGUCUCGCCUUCAAAGACUUCUCCAAGAAAUGUCACGACGCUCUCCGUAAGAACAAAAACCUGAUUGGCAGCGACCAGCGCGAGUACCAGCGGGAACUGGAGCGGAACUUCCAGCGGUUUACUGAACGACUCGCGCCACUCAUACAGGCCACGCCCGGGCAUGUCGCGCAACUCAGCAAUGGCCUGAGCAAACACGACUACAAGUAUCAGGCGUAAGGAGUUCGCGUCACACGAAGGACGUCACUUGACCACCGUCUAUGUACCUACUGUUAUUUUAUAAUUAUUACUUCGUACUGUAUCUUAAUUAUUAUACUCAUUCAUUAUUUCUUAAACUUAGAACAACUUCUGAUAGUCCACUUGUGGACAAUGAGUCUGUCCUAUGCCCAUCCAGGUGUCGAUUCAAGCGUUGAAAUUUUUCAACAAGAUAACGUUACCUGGAAACUGAUCUAGAAUCAUUAUUCUACGGUUCGCGGUUGUGGAGUUUUAGAACAUGAUAUCUAAUCGCGUAUCUAAUACAUAGUAAUAUGUAUAAGUGUACACGAUUCAACGAAAAUCGAAUAACUUAAUAUAAGCGAUAUUAUUCAUUAAAUAUUUAUCGAUUAACGAUUGAAACGAAUAUCGAAAUUUUAUUCUCGCACAAACUUUUAAUUGUUUGUAAUUUAACGUAACUAAAUUUUAAAAAAUGACCAGUGUUUGUGUCUGGUCAUUUGUUAACGAAAUACAAUGAAUAUCUCUAAAAACUGCGUUAUUUCUCUAACUAGACUGCUCUAGUCAAUAAAUCCAUCAUGGGUGCAAUUUUUUUUUUUGCAUAGCGAUGCCUAUGUAUUUCCAAAGUAUUCUUUUCAUUUUUAACACAAAAUGCAUUUGCUAGAAGAGAAAUACGAGAAAAAUAGUUGCAUAUUUUUAUUUUUAGAUUAUGUAACAAAUGUGAAAGGGAUUAUAGAACCUUAUUUAUUAUAUUUUUAAGAACCAAAUAUGUAUCCUUUACUCUACUAUAAAGAGCUUGCAAUAUAUUGCACGAUGUUGAAAAAUCGUACUUAUAAUUAUCUGUACUAUACGUAUUUAUUUUGUAAUCAAGAAAUUGAACUUCCUUUUAUAGGAUAACUUGUUUGAAAUAUUAUCUAUUUCAAUACCUAUAGGUCGUUACUUUUAUGUAAUCUCGACUGUUUGUCUUAAAACGUGUAUUCUAAUAUGAUCUCGUUUUUACGUGAUUUUCCAGUGAAUGGCGCUAGUAAAAUAUUGCUAGUCCAAUCAUUUUUCAGACACUAAAGUUCCAAGUGUGUGACUGUGUGUGAUUUUACUCUACAUACAUAUUUUAUUCUACUUAGUUUUGUACGAAUAUUUGUCGAAUGUUAACAAACAUUAUCAAUAUGUUGUUCGGAGAGAAUUGGCCGAAUACUGAGAUGCUACUCAAUUGUAAUUUUAGUUCAGUAGCAGCAUCGCGUUAUGUGCCGUUUAAUAAAGUAUUUGUAGUGACAGAAAUACUUUUGAGUGUCUAAAAAUUGAGGAGCGUUUGAGUAUUUCAAAAUGAAUCUUUUCUCUUUUCAACCUUUGUAUGAAUUGGAGGGACCAUCCUUGAGUGUAGCUGAAGGAUGCAUAUGUCAACAAUAUUAACAUAAGAUGCUGACUCAUCAUCCUUCAAUGCUGAAUAAGUGGCAAAGAUGCGAGUUAUACUAUGAUCUUACUUUAUUUUCUCAGUAUUUUUAAUAGAAAUUAGUAAUAAUGUUAAUCAAUGUAUCUAUGUGUCUAUUAUUUUUGUAUCUUACUAGAAUUAGUAUAAAUAAUGCACACAUUAAAACUAUUUAUAUACAUUAUGCGUAAGUCAAUUAUUGAAAAUAGUCAGUCAGAAAUAAAUGAGCAAGAUUAAAAAUACUAUCUCCCCAACACAUUCAAUUGUUAAAUGUAAAGAAAUCAAUAAAACCACCGUUUAUAGUA